GAAAAUGUUUAUUCCUUCCUCUCACAUAUCUCAUCAUAUCAUAUUCAUAACAACGGCUUUUCUCCAUUCAAGUUUUUUCUGUUUGGUUCGAAAGAAAGUGAGAAAGAAAAUAUGGAGGCAGCAAUGGGACUGAUGAGGAGAAUUCCUCCAAAGCACACUGAGACCGCUCUCUCUGCUCUUCUCUCUCUUUUACCUCAACACUCCUCCGAUCUCCUCUCUCAAGUCGAUCAGCCUCUCCAGGUCUUGUGUGAUGUGGAUUCUGGAAAGGAAUUCAUUUUGUGUGAAUAUAAUCGAGAUGCAGACUCUUAUAGAUCACCAUGGUCAAACAAAUACCAUCCAUCUUUAGAGGAUGGGGCCUUACCUUCAGCAGAGUUGAGAAAACUUGAAAUCGAAGCAAACGACAUCUUUACCAUUUAUCGUGACCAGUAUUAUGAAGGUGGGAUUUCAUCAGUUUACAUGUGGGAAGAUGAUAAUGAAGGUUUUGUUGCCUGCUUUUUAAUAAAGAAAGAUGGCUCGAAGACAGGAGAUGGUAGGAGGGGUUAUUUACAGGAAGGGGCAUGGGAUGCCAUCCAUGUUAUUGAGGUGGGCCCAGAGGAGGAAGGAACAGCUCAUUACCGUCUGACCAGUACUGUCAUGCUGUCCUUAACUACAAAUAAUGAUGCAUCAGGAACAUUCAGUUUGUCCGGAUCGAUUAGACGAGAGAUGAACAUGGACCUUUCAAUUGAAGAAGGCCAUCUUUGUAACAUGGGAAGAAUGAUAGAAGAAAUGGAGAGUAAGCUUAGGAAUUCUCUUGAUCAGGUUUACUUUGGAAAGACAAAAGAAAUGGUUUGUACCUUGCGACCACCAUCCGAAGUGGUGAUGAGACUGCCCGAGGCUUGACCUGGUAUCAUCAUCAGCCAACAAUGCCAAAUGAAACAGGAAAUUCGUGCCUAUAUCUUUGGUUCUUUGUGUUCAUUUAACAAUAUGUUUUGUGUUUUCAUAUGGCUUUACAUGAUAUUGUGUUGUAGACAUGAUUAAUUACUAUUUCAGAACUUAUCUUCUGAUUCA